AUACCUCCGAGAGGACACUGGUCUUGCGAGUAAGUGCCAUGGACCCAGACUUAGGAAGUAAUCAAGAAGUGAUGUAUGAAAUUGAUAGUUUUGUUCCUCCCUCUGCCUCGGAUCUGUUCAGUAUCGAUGCCAGAACCGGGGAGAUCAGACUGACGGGCGCCCUGGACUUUGAGGCAGUUGCUCUCUAUGACCUGCACAUAAAGGCGACAGACAAGGGGACGCCGCCGCUGUCGGGCCACUGCAAGGUGGUGUUGGAGGUGGUGGACGUGAACGACAACGCGCCCGAGGUGCGGGUGACGUCGCUGUCGGUGCCGGUGCCCGAGGACGCAUCGGUGGGGACGGUGGUGGGCGUGCUGAGCGUGUGGGACCGGGACUCGGGGGCGAACGGGCGCGUGUCGUGCGCGGGCGUGUUGGUGCUGGCGGUGGUGCUGUACGGGGCGUCGCGGUGUGCGGCGCGGGCGGGCGUGGUGUCGGGGCCCGGUGCGGCGACGCUGGUGUGCGCCAGCGAAGUGGGGAGCUGGUCGUACUCGCAGCGCCAGAGCCGGAGCCUGUGCGUGGCGGAGGGCGCGGGCAAGAGCGACCUGAUGGUUUUCAGCCCCAACUUCCCGCCGCCGCCGCCGCCCGGCCCCGCGGCGAAGGAGACGCAGCCGGCGCCGCCCGCUCUGCUGGACACGGGAAAUGCUACGAAGGGAAAUCGCGGAGGAUGUGGGCCGAACGGGAGGAGCCACGGCCCGUUUUCUUUCAAGCGGAGCAGCGAGAGGAGCCCGCGAGGGACGCCAGAUGUCGCUGUUGGCCGCGGAGGCGCCGUGAACCUGCGGCUCUCCUACACACUCAGCCCCAGCGAGCACUUCGCUCUGGAUGUUACAUCCUUGCUGGAACACAAGAAAUCUGUAUUCCUGGUGCUGACGAAACCCCUGGACCGGGAGACGCUUCCCGUGCACCGCCUGGUGGUGACGGCGAGUGACGGGGGCCGGCCGUCCCUGUCGGGCACGAUGGAGCUGGUGAUCUCGGUGCUGGAUGCGAAUGACAACGCGCCCCAGUUCAACCAGUCGGUGUAUAAAGUGCAGCUGCCGGAGAGCGCUGCAGAGGGGACGCUGGUGGUGCGGGUGAACGCCACGGAUCCGGACGAGGGUCUCAAUAGCGAAAUGACGUUCAGUGUAAGAAAUACUUUUCCCUCUAAAGGAUCAAACCUGUUCAGCUUAAAUCCGAAGACGGGCGAGAUCCGUCUGACGGGCGCCUUGGACUUCGAAGACGUCCGUUCAUACGAGAUCCAAAUCGAGGCGGAGAGCGGGCGGCUGUGGGCGCUGCGGGCGCUGGACUACGAGGAGGUGCAGGUGCUGGAGUUCGAGGUGCGUGCGGUGGACGCGGGGGAGCCGGCGCUGUGCGGCAACGCGACGGUGCAGCUGUUCGUGGUGGACGAGAACGACAACGCGCGGGCGCUGCUGCCGGCGGCGGGCGGCGGCGCGUGGGGCUCGGCGGCGUGGGAGGCCGUGUUGGUGCUGGCGGUGGUGCUGUACGGGGCGUCGCGGUGUGCGGCGCGGGCGGGCGUGGUGUCGGGGCCCGGUGCGGCGACGCUGGUGUGCGCCAGCGAAGUGGGGAGCUGGUCGUACUCGCAGCGCCAGAGCCGGAGCCUGUGCGUGGCGGAGGGCGCGGGCAAGAGCGACCUGAUGGUUUUCAGCCCCAACUUCCCGCCGCCGCCCGGCCCCACAGUAGAAAACGGUUCUGUUGGGAAGGGACAGUCUGUGUCUCCGGUUUCUUCAGGCGGGGGGGGUUUUGGUGCAAUUCUGGAUUAUGUUCCUGCCGUGCCGGUCUGCGGGGAGCUGAGCAGGGGAGGAAGAAUGCGGGUCUAUUUAAUGGUCUUCUGCCUUAUUUGCUGCACCGCGGACGGGCAAGUUGUGUAUUCGAUCGCCGAGGGAACGGAGCGUGGAGCGUCUGUCGGGAACAUAGCAAAGGAUUUAGGAAUAGAUGCAGCUUCGCUUUCAGCUCGGAAAUUUCGCAUGAUCACUGGUUCAAGUAAGCAAUAUUUUAAUAUAAAUGCAAGCACGGGGGCUCUGUCUGUUAAUGAGCCCAUAGACAGAGAGCAGCUCUGUGAAUUGAAGUCUGCCUGUCUUCUGAAUUAUGAACUCGUGUUAGAAAAUCCUCUAGAGCUGUAUAGGAUGGAAUUUAAAGUCUUGGACAUAAAUGACAACUCUCCCAGCUUUCCCUUAAGUGAAUAUCAUAUAAAUGUGCCUGAAUUUUUGUCACCCGGGGCACGGUUUGCACUCCCCAAUGCCCAAGACCUUGAUGAAGGUGCCAACAGUGUCCAGAAUUAUACUCUGAGCCCUGAUGAACAUUUCCAUUUGGAAAUGCAGACGCGUGGGGACGGGAGUAAAUAUCCUGAAUUGGUGCUGAAGAAAGCCUUAGACAGGGAGCAGCAAGCCACUCACAAACUUGUCCUUACAGCCAAAGAUGGUGGGAACCCUCCAAAGUCCGGUGAUGUCCCGGUCAUUGUGACUGUGCUGGAUACUAAUGACAAUGCACCAGAAUUUGAGCACUCGGUCUACAGGGCGAGUAUCUUGGAAAACUCCCCCAGUGGCACUUUGGUUGUGCAAGUGCAUGCCACGGACUUGGAUGAAGGUCCAAACGGAGAGAUCAGGUAUUCAUUUAGCAAUACUACUUCUGCUGAGCUGCAGCGAAUGUUCUUAAUUCACCCACACACUGGGGAGGUGACAGUCAACGGCGUUUUAGCUGUUCAGAGACCUCUCCUCGAGAUGCUUAUUGAGGCAAGGGAUAACGGGGCAUUUGGCAUGUCCAGCACUGCUAAGCUGCUGGUGGAAAUCACUGAUGUGAACAAUCAUGGCCCAGAGAUAACAAUUACAUCCCUUUCCAGUCCCAUACCUGAGGAUGCUGUUCCUGGCACAGUGAUAGCUCUGCUGAGUAUAAUUGAUAAGGACCCUGGGGAGAACGGGAAGGUAAACUGCACUAUCCCUGAUAACCUUCCCUUCCAGUUAAAGCCUUCCCUGGAAAACUACUACAGCCUGGUCACCAGUGGGCUUCUGGACCGAGAGCUGAUCAGCGAGUACAACAUCACCAUUACUGCCACAGACUUGGGCUCUCCACCCAUCACCACUCAGAAGACCCUCUGGGUGCAAAUUUCUGAUGUGAAUGAUAAUGCCCCUGUCUUCAGUGCUGACACACUUGAUGUGUUUGUGGAGGAGAACAAUCCACUCGGUGCUUUUCUUUACCAGGUCUCGGCAUCUGACCCUGAUAUGGGGGAGAACGGACGGGUCUCUUACGUGCUCAGGAAUUCCACAGUUGCAGGCAGUGCCCUGGCCAGCUUUUUGUCUGUGAGCUUGGCCAAUGGGAGCAUCUAUGCAACACGUGCCUUUGAUUUUGAGCAGCUUAGGAGCUUCCAUUUCCAAGUGGAAGCCAAGGACAACGGGUCACCAGCCUUGAGUGCUGCCGUAACAGUGAAUGUUUACAUCUCAGACCAGAAUGAUAAUGCCCCAGCCAUCCUGUACCCCACCAACCAGAAUGGCUCGGUAGCUGUGGAGGUUGUGCCCCGCCUGGCUGAUGAGGACUAUCUGGUGACCAAAGUGGUGGCGGACGACGAGGACAAUGCACAGAAUGCCUGGCUCUCCUAUCACCUGGCCCAUUCCUCCGACUCCAGCCUGUUCCGCUUGGCGCCGCACUCCGGUGAGCUGCGCACCACGCGCUCCAUGCGCUCCACUGACUUCCUCAAGCACAAGGUGGUUGUGGUGGUGCAGGACCACGGGGACCCGCCACUCUCCUCUACUGUGACGGUGGGCAUCCUGCUGGCUGACACCCUGCCCCAGGUGCUGCCAGACUUUGACGACAGUGGGGAGCCACCACCACUGCUCAACGCUACGAAUAUCUACUUGAUCAUUUCUCUUGCCUGUGUCUCCUUCAUCUUCGCCACGUUCCUCCUCUUCCUCGCCAUCGUGCGGCUGUGCCGCUGCCGCGCUUGCUGCUGCCGGGGUUGCUGCUGCCCAGCUGAGGAGUAUGAGAAGUAUUGCUACAGUGUGCACAUGCUUCCCAGCUCCCACCUCCCACCGGACAUGCUGAAGGUCACUGGUGUGGGGAAACUCACUCAUACCUACUUGUACAGGGCAUCUCUAGGUCUUGGGUCUAGUAACAGCAACAUCCCAAAUGGUAAUGCUGGGAACGUCCCCAGUGGUGCAAGGUUACAAGUGCCAGGACCCAGGUGCAUCCAAGUGCAGCAGGUCCAAAGUGAUCACUUGAAUGCUGUCCUUGUGGAGUUUGUGGCUGUAGCCAUGGCAGGUGUGGGGCAGAGGUAA